GGAAGCACCAAGGAGAAGAAAACAGGGGGAGCACGGUGAUUUAUAAUCUCAAAAAAUGGGGGGUAGUCACUUGUCUCUCAGAAGUACAAAAGCCAUCGAUAAUGCUGAAGAAUUUGAGACUCUUAAACAGAAGAGGAGACGAGAGAAAAGGGAAUUUAAUUAUUUAACAAGAAUCCAUCAAAAGGUAUGGAAUUGCUUCAAUCUGAAGGUCUCCUUCGUGAGACAGCAACCAAAGUCGCUCAAUUCUUACAUGCAGAUGAUACACUAGACAAGAUUUGCAAAGUGAGAAACAUCGUCGUAUGUUGUAUUCUAUGGAAAUGGAGCAGAUGGCGGAAAACGCCAAAAAACAAAUGGAAGACGUGAGUCAUAUUCAGACGGAUUUCGUCACUGCGACACAGAUUGGUCACGUGAAGACAAUGUUCAAGGUUGCAUGGAGUCCGUUUCUUGCCGCGUUCAGCUUCAAUCUACAAGACAACGACGAUUCUUCUGUUGCUUUAUUUUGUCUUGAUGGAAUCCGCUGUGCAAUAAGAAUAUCUUGCAUAUUCAGCAUGCCUUUGGAAAGAAAUGCUUUCGUACAAGCUCUAUCCAGGUUCACUUUACUUACUGCGACCAGUGGCACGCAUAUUCAUGAAAUGAAAACGAAGAACAUGGAGACGAUCAAGACACUUCUUACCAUCGCUCAAACGGAUGGUAAUUACAUCGGGAAGUCUUGGCUCGAGGUAGAGAGAAUCAUCUUGCUAUAUAUUAUGGUUGGUGUCUACGACUGAAAAUAUGAUCGAUUGUUUUUUCAUCAAAGGAAAAGUCUAGGUCUUGUCUGUAGUCUUAUCUUCACGAUAUUGCUACAGUCUUUACCUUUCAUUUUUCCAAGUGCUUUGUUGACCGUAUUUCAUACCCUUCAUCAGAGAAUCGUAUCACAAAUGUACUUCUGUAAUAAAUAUACAUAAGAAAAUGAAGUUUUUUCUCAAGAUA